AUGACCACACACACUACUGAUCAAUACUGUCCAGAUCUUUGUGAACGUAAAGAAGUGGUUGUCAUCGGCAACGGACCAUCCGCUAUUGUUCUUUCUUACAUUCUGUCUGGUCAUAUUCCAUAUUGGAAUGGAUGUCCAGUGUCGAAUGAUUAUUUAAAUGUGAAAUUGGAGCAAUAUGUAAAAGAUACUUCACUGCUGGAACAGGAUUUGGAAUUUUUAUCCGAUGGACUUGAAGGGCGUUCGAGAAAUCCUGUGUCGUUAUUAAUUGAUAAUUUAAUCCAUCCAGAUGCCGAUCUUGGUGCACAUUUACAAUCAAAAAUCAAAUGGCGUCACGAUCCAUCGUUAGGCAUUGAUCAUGUUUGUCUUGGACGUGGCGGAAUUGGUGGUGUUUGGAAUCAAUUAACAUCAAAACAAUUACAAACGAUUAGUAUGGCCGACUGGAUGGAAUUACCAAAUUAUCCAAUAUCAACAUUUCGACAACAACGUCGUGCAUGCCGAUGUCGACUAAUGCCGAACCAUAAUCAAUCAACCGAAUCAAAGGAUGAUGUAUCAAAACGUGCGACUUAUGAUGAAGUUCGAUCCUAUUACAUACAUUAUGUCAAACGAAAUCGUUUAGCCAAUAACUUUCGAAAUGGUUCGGAAGUCACAUCCAUCAAACGUGUAUCAGUCGAUGAACCGUUUUACGAUGAUGUGAACGAUGAAAUUCACGCACCUGAACCUUUAUGGGAAGUACGUGGUUAUAAUGAGCAAAGCAAAGAGCCUUUUAUAAUCCAUGCGAAAUAUGUUGUCUUAGCAACUGGUAUGCCGCAGACUAUGACAAGACCGUUAGGAAUUAUCGGUGAACAAGCGAGUAAAUCAUUUACCUACACGACUUUACAUGAAAUGGAAGACUUGAUACUAACAAAAAAGAGAUUAACACAGAAUAGUAAACCUGUGCUAGUUGUUGGAUGUGGUUUAACAGCUGUUGAUGUGCUACUUCUAUGUCAAGAAUAUUCCAUACCUGUUUUACAUGUUUUUCGUCGAGCGAUUGAUGACCAUGAACUUGUACUAAAUCAAUUACCUGCCAAUGUGUAUCCUGAAUAUGAACGUGUCCGAGAAUUAAUUAGACAAUCGGCAACUUCAACAACAUCUAAAACAUCAUCAUGGUCGUAUCAAUGUUGUCCACAAAGUGAAAUUGUUUCUAUAACCGAAGAUGGUACAACUUAUAUUCGUAAUCUUCGUACACAAGUAACAACGGAUUAUGAUAUAUCUGUUGUGGCUCGCUUAACUGGUUCUGAUGUGACUCUUCCUUUCCUUUCAUCGUUGACCGUGAAAAAAAAUAAUGGUCUUCAUAUCAAUCCUUAUACAUACGAAUGUCUCGAUUUUGAAAAUGUUUAUGCAUUAGGCCCGUUAGCUGGAGAUAAACUUGUUCGUUUUUUGCAAGGUGGUGCUCUUGCAUGUGCUGCAAGUUUGUUUAAAAAACAUCGACAAGCAUCAUCGAAUAACAAUAAUAAGAAGAAAACUAAGAAUAGUACCAUUCUAUCAUAUCCCGUUACUCCUCGAGUUAGGAUUGUUGCAUAG